CUACUGACAGUGGAUAGAGGAUAUAUUUAACACUAAUGAGUCAUUCCGGAUUGAACCGGGUUUUCUGAAGGAAAUUUAAUAUAACUAUCUUACAAGAGAACCGAAAAGGAUAUAUCUACUUCUUCAGAGGCCAUAACAUUGGAAAGCUACAAGGUGUCGACACCACAGCUUGCGACCUUUGACUUGAAAUGGAGCCCUGCCCAAGCAUGCAGUCCAUCCAGUCGACGGCUUCAUCUUCAGUUCUAGUACCAGACGUUAUGCAGCAUCAACAUAAAAAUGGCGACGUUCGUCGCGGGGAUAUGGAAUGCGCGCACGUGCCAAACAAUGCCUUUUCCACUCCGAGACGAGUCCUCCUCCUUGCCUCCGCUGCCGUGGUCGUACUCCUAGUAUUACUGACCAGUUUGGUCAUAAUCUUAUUUAUCCAAGUGACCAAUCUUAAGAGUACUCUCAAUUCGGAAAUUUCCGCGCACGCCAAGGAUUUUGGAGAAGUGUGCCUCCCGUGUGGAGAGCUCCAGUUGGGACCGUUUGAAGAGGAUACCCCAGACUUGGUUUUACUGGAGAAAGUGAAAUCGCCGGAUGGGGAUGUUUGCUGUGCCAAGUCACCAAACCAGACCAAAAUUUUAUUCGAACUGCUGUACCAGAAGAAGAAGAUGCAGGAAUACCGACAUGAUAUGUUGAAGUCAGAGAACGUUGUGGACAGUGCCCCUAAAACUAAUACCGUAUCAGCACAUCUAGUGGUCAGCGGAGUACAGCCUGCUGUUGCAGACAAAUCUUAUGGACGUUAUCCAAUCAGAAACUGGAGCCAUGAUCACGUGAUUGCAAAUAUAACUGGACUAUCGUUUCAAAACGAUCGCUUGCGUAUCAAUACGUCCGGUUUAUAUUUCAUCUAUAGCCAAGUUUACUUUGAUCGGAUGUGUAACCAUGUUAUGCAAGAGACAAAUACACCAUAUCCAAUUUACCAUUACGUAUACCGUUUCAACGUCAUUUACCCGAACGGUGGAGAACAGUUGCUGAUGAAAAGCGUGCGGACGCCAUGUUGGACACAGGAGAAAUCCCUCCACGGGGAUUAUACGAGUUAUACCGCGGCCGCUAUUAGGAUGGCGGCAGGGGACGAAAUCUACGUGAUGGUUUCCAACAUAUCCAUGGUGUCUCCAGUACCGGAAGCGAGCUUUCUUGGAUUAUUCAAAAUCGGCUGAAACUACCAAAUCCCGUGAAUUGUAAGUUAUAUCUGUGAUUCUUCCUGGUGGUCAAAACCGGAAGUGAAUUAGGUUACCAUGGUGCUUUCCUAGCCUAUCAACUUAUGGAUGCUAUAUUGGAUGCCAAGGUGAUGAUCGGAUUGUCAGGGUCGCCGUUUGACGUUGCGCAAUAACUUCACCGGGUUUGUAUUUUGUGAAAAUACUCCUGGUUUGACAAGCAAAACUAUUUACCUCGCAAUAUUGUAGUGUCUUAGAAGAGACGUUAUUGGGAUCAAAAGUAUUUGCAAUGGACACGAAGCAUUGGAAGUCUUUGUAUAUAUACAGAAUUCAAAAAUAUGGGAUACGCAUUGCGUUUUACAAUGGUCUUGGGUGAAUUAAUAUCAAGAGAUUGGCAUGUGAGAUUCAAAGCCCUAAUGACUAUGUGCCCGGUGUACUACGAGUUGUGAUUACUUUAUCAACAUUCCAUAUCGCACCAACUAGCACUGUACCGAGUGUAACUAUAUUCAUUUUCAAACUCAUCGUGACGUUGUUUUGAAGUAAACAACACUAACAGUAUUCCGUCCUCUGUUUAACUAUCGGAGCUUGUGCUGUGAGUCAGGUUCCGUGCUCAUAUGACACAAAGGACUCCAUGUCUGUGACUAGUGCCAAACUAAAGUGCUACAUAUACCACAUCAUAGUACCCCUUGAUCUCUAAGACAUGAUCUAUGCAAUAUAUUGUACACGUGACUGCCUGCAUUGCGUGAAAUACACGUGUAUAUAUCUUUGUCACGCGUCAAACAACAAACUGUGAUGAAAUCUCUUGUUUACAAAUUCAUGUUUGUUGUUUUUGUUUGUGUGUUAUGUAUUCUUGUGAUAUGUACCGAAUGUACUGUAUACAUUUUUAACAUAUAGGAUAGGAUAAUAAUUACUGACCUGAGAUUUGUUAUUUUCUUCGUGUUGAAGAGAAAAAACCCAAAUAUUUGUCUAUUUUGACGAGAUUUAACUGAAUUUUACUUUCUGUCGACGAUCUUUAAACAGAAUUUCAUUUCUUGUUCAAAUUUAAUUGAAAUAUUUCCAUAUGCUGUCGAACUUUGUGCCACAUUUAUAUCCGUAUUAGAUAAAUUUGACCAUUUUUUUCAAUGUUUGAGAUAAUUAAUCCAAAUUUCUUUCUAAAAUUCACAUUUUAAUCCCACACCGGAUCUCAAACGGCCGUCAAAUGCUCACAAGUUCACUUUAGCGAUUGUGACCAUUUUUUGGUUCUUGUUAAAUGCCAAUGACGACCCUUUAUAUUGACAGAAACAAAAAUUCAAGUCGAUUGUUUAUAGGUUGUUUCAUUGUCGUUAAUUAUGACACUGUUAGUUGUAUAUCCUUUCAGAAAUCAGAUAACCCCUGAUACCGUGCUUAUUGAUAUGUGUGAGGCUGUGUAUGUUUGAUUAAGCUAUUUCUGGCUGGUUUAAAUUUCAUUUAUAAUAUUUUAUGGUCUCAUUCGUAUAUCUAAAUGUACACGUACUUGUAUAGUUUAAUAUGUAUAGAUAUUUACGAUAACCCCAAGUGUUCAACCGAGUGAAAGUCACUAUAUAUGCCAUCCCUGAUCAGCGCCUAGCUCAUUAAGAUAUACAUUACUCAUUGUUGUCCUUAUCUCUCCGUCAAAACACUAUCCGUUGAGGAAAACUCCUUCAGGUAACUCAAAUGUGUGGACAUAGUAUUCAUUUGACAUAUAUCAGACAGUCUAUGUCCAUGUCAGUCUAUGCACGUGCUAUUUAACGGACUUAGUUGUAAUGAACGCCUUUCUAUUUUUCAGAACGUUUUCAUUAGUUUAUAUCCCGACAGAUUAUUAUCUGGGAAGUCUUUGUAUAUCUGAGGGAUGAGAACGCUUAGCCACUAUAUACAGAGAUUUUGUCCCUUUGUUUGGCAAUUUGAAGGAUUUGUAAACAAUGAAUUACUUACUUCAGAUAAUUGUUGCCUUUUGUUUGGUACCGAAAAUUUGUCGGAGUAGAAACGAUGGAGCAUUUGCUAUACGGAGUUGUUGCCCUUGGUUUUUACCGUUAUUUGUCAUCCAUGGCUACUAUUUCUGGCUUGAGAGAUGUUUGGUAUGUAAAUGUAUCGUCCAUAUGUUAAAGUUUAAUACUUGUUGAUAUAAAACUAUGCCUUUGUUAUCGUGUUAUUACAGUCCCAAGUUUAAUUUAACACCGAUAACCUCUUUUUUCAUAGUUAUAAUAGAAUUUGUAUACCCCGAAUUUCCUUUGGCCCUACAAUUGGUAAUGUGACAAUUUUUGCAGAAAUAUGGAUGGUAUUGGCUCUAUCAGUCACGUGUUUAGCUCUUGGUGUAGCGACCAAAGGAAACUCGGGCGCUUAUUUGUAAAGUGCCCAGCGUUCCAAGUGCUGUUUAUAAUAUACAUUUGUAUAGUGUCCUGUGUUCUAUGUGGUGUAUAAUAUACAUUUAUACAGUAUCCUGUGUUGUAUGAUAUACAUUUAUACAGUAUCAUGUGUUGUAUAAUAUACAUUUAUACA